AUGGAUCCAGUGAUGAGCGCAAGUGCGAUUGCGAUGCAGCAUCGAGCCCCUCAAGCCUGUACAUCAUGCAGGAGGCUCAAGAGGAAAUGUGUCUUUAACCCAGCCUUAGGCAUCUGCAACCGGUGCUCCGAGACUAGUAGAUCAUGCGUGUACGCUGAGGUCAAUCCGACUGCUCCGCACGAUGAUUCCGUCGCUGUCGUCCAUCACAAUGCAUCCACCACGUCCAUGAAUGCUGGUGCGGCUAAGACUUAUACUUCUUGCGCGGCACUCACACCCUCCACAGACGCUUCUGGUCACCUGGAUGCCUCGCUCCAUCAGGGCAAUCCCUUGUACCUGGCCACGUUUAGUACCCUACCAGUCCCACCCGGCUGGUUGAAUGAUUUUGUCCAGCCGAAUGUACCAUCCAAUGGAAGUCACGCGGUUGACAUGGGUCCAGGGAGUGGAGGCAUGUCUGCUUACCCAUCAACCCAUCCUGGCGGACAGGAUAUGACGCGGGCUUUUAUGACUGCUGCAGCAGUGUUCUUCGAUCGAAUGGACAGUUUUGAGUUUUGA